AUGACAAAAGGGACACAAAGGUAUUACCUUCUCCCAGGUGAACUCGGGCCUUACAGAUCAUGUAAGAGCAAGAGAUUCAUCACAAAAGUCAUGUUUCUUUGUGCUGUUGCAAGACCACGAUUCAAUGCAAACAAAGAAUGCAUUUUCGAUGGUAAAAUAGGCAUGUUUCCGUUUGUGAGGUGGGUACCAGCAAAGAGGAGAAGUAGAAACAGGCCAGCAUGCACUUUGGAGCUCAAACCAGUGACGUCAGUCACAAAGGAAUGUUACAGAAACAUGUUAAUCAGGCAAGUUAUUCCAGCAAUCAUGCAAAAGUGGCCAACAGAUCAUCAAGGUCCAAUCUAUUUGCAACAAGACAAUGCACGACCUCAUAUAAAGGUGAAUGACAGAGAAUGGAUGGAAGCAGUUCAACUUUCAAACAAACAGUUAAGGUUGAUAUUUCAACCUCCUAACAGUCCAGAUAUGAAUGUGCUAGACCUCGGUUUUUUUCGAGCAAUACAAUCCCUAAAAGACCAAACGUGUCCUAGAAACACCAAAGAGUUGGUUAAGAAUGUUAAAGUUGCAUUUAGGGAAUUUUGUCCAAUCAAAGGAAAUAGAGUCUUCCUUAGUUUGCAAUUGGUACUAAUGGAGGUUAUGAGAGUCAAGGGAAGCAACAACUACUUGCAAAAACAUGUUGGCAAAGAAGCUUUGGAGAGACAAAACAUACACCCUGUCACUUUCUCUCCACCUCCUACUCUAGUACAAGAAUGUGUAGCAUAUGUUGAAGCAAUGCAACAGGGAGUCUUUAGGUUGCAAUGCAACAUGUAG